UUUAUAAGUAUGGAAGAAGGUGAUGUUUUACGUUAAAUCAAAGGCUUUUUAUGCUGAAUUAGGAGCAGUUUUUACUGACAUUUUUUAAACGAUGGAAGAGCAAUCAAGUAGCGAUUUUACAUACGAUAGUUCUGAAUACGAAGAUUCGCAGAGUUUUGACAGUAGUUCUAGUGAUGAGGUACGUUUGACAUGUCCAUUGUGUAUGCUUCAAACACUAAAGACUGGAGAGAAUGCCUGCUACUUAUGUGUAAUCUUUUUUGAAAGCUGUGUAAGAAACUUUUAUGAUCCAAUUUGUUCCGGGAAUACGGGUAACUGUUCUUUCGACGGCAAGUUAAUACGUUGUUACUAUUGUCAAAUUAAUCGUAGUUACGCAGUUGGAUUGACAGUGAUAAGUACUUACGACGAUUUCAGUAAUUACAUUGAUGACAUAAAGUCAAGAAUGUAUGCAAAAUUUCAGAAUAAAAGAAGUGAUGAAAAUAGAAGAUUUCAAUUUAUGUUGAACGAAUUUCCUCGCCUUAAACGUGAUUUUUCUAUUUGGCUUUCUUCGACCCCCGAAUUUCAGAGAUUAAGCGUAAACGUUCAGAUCAUAUCGAAAGACAGGUACCACCUCAGGGGAAUUAUUAUGGAAAUAGUCGAACGAUCGAUGGAGGCGCACAUGGUACUUAAAUUCGAUAAAUUCUAUUGGGAUCCUUGGAUUCACAGCUUCAAUACCAUUACGGAGUUAAUGGGCGGCAUCUUACUUCUGACGCUGAGAUUUAUGCGUCGUCGUUUUUAUAGUGAUGAAUUUUACGGGAUGAAACUGAAAUUAAUUCUGAAAGACUAUGUCGACGUUGACAGUGUAGACGAAGAUGACGUUGCCUCAUACGCGAGGAUGUUAAAUUUGAUAGAAAUAAGUAUGAAAAAAGUGUUAUGCCAAUACAAGCGUCAACAAUGGCUUUCGAAAAUGAAUACUUCGAAUUGAGGGAGACUCCAGUUAAUGUCUACAACGUUUUUGUUGCACUUCCUUAACAUUUUGAUUGUAAUGAAAUUUUUCAGAUUUUUACGUGCUGAUGAUGUUGAUGGCUUUUGUCAACAGAUUGUAACUUUAACUAUUCACUUGUAAUUGUGUGUUUUCAUUUUAUAAGGGAAGAAAACUUUAGCUACCAUCUUCAUAGUCCUUUCUUAUUAAUUGUACUUGACAAACAAGUACAGUAAUGGUUUUAAACUUAUAAUAGGGAGUUGAGUUAUUGUUUUAGCAUUUCUUUCCUCUGUUUGCGUACCAAUGUCAAAAUGUAUUCGGUAAAUA